AUGGUUGAUACGCAUAGAUUAGCAGAUAACAUUCUUCAGCUAUUGGAUAACCGUAUCGAACACAACUAUAGGGUCUGUGUUGUCCUAGUCGGUUCUCCAGGCUCCGGUAAGUCUACCAUUGCAGAAGACUUGUGCCAUAUUAUAAAUCAAAGAUACCGCAGCUUUUUGUCGGAGCAUCCAAGUAUUGUCAAAAUUAAUAAUGGGUUGGAAACUUCAGUUGAUUUGGUAGGUUCUCUCAAAGCGCUCCUUCCAAAUCAAGUAUCUGAUAUGAAUAAAAAUCAGGGGUUAUUCAAAGAUUAUGUUGAAGAUAUCAACUUUCAACCAGUUAAGUAUCCAGAUUUUACAACAAAUAACAGAAAAUGUACCACUGUGGUUGGGAGGGGUGGCACUGCAAAUUCCAUCAAAAUUGCGGAAAUCGACAAUGCAGUUGAUGCUGAUCAGUUGACACCUGAAAGUAUCGAUAUCGCGCAAAUAGUCCCAAUGGACGGAUUCCAUUUAUCUCGGAAGUGUUUGAACUUAUUCAAUGAUUCUAAAACAGCCCAUGAAAGAAGAGGUUCACCGUCCACUUUUGACAGUAAUAAUUUCCUGCAACUAUGUAAAAUUCUCGCCAAAACGUCUCUUUGCAAGUCUCCUUCAUAUGAUAAAUCUUGCUUGACGUCAAGUGUUUUUGAAAAAUUAUCCAAAACUUUCAGUCGAGCGAUUCCCGAUAUUUUUAUCCCAGGGUUCAACCAUGCCUUGAGAGACCCAACUCCGGACCAAUAUUGUAUCUCCAGAUAUACAAGAAUUGUUAUCUUCGAAGGGCUAUAUUUGCUUUACGACCAAGAAAACUGGAAGCAAAUAUACCGGACCUUAGCGGAUACAGGAGCUCUUCUCGUUUAUAAGAUUGACAUAGAUUACGGGGUUACGGAAGAAAGGAUAGCCAGAAGGCAUCUGCAAUCAGGCUUGGUGUCAACUCUUUCGGAGGGCCGGGAGAAAUUUCGCAGUAACGAUAUGUUGAAUGGCAAGGAUAUAGAUAAGCAUCUAAUCAACUUUGAUAACAUUGUUCAUAUCCGAAAUGAUUAG